AUGGAGUUUAGUACGGAACCUCAGGUAAUUGGUGGCACGGUGGAGUUGGGCCACUUAUUAGGUUCCGGUGGCUUUGGGAAGGUGUAUUACGGUUAUGACAAGAAACGAAAGAUGGAUGUGGCGGUGAAGGUUAUUGAGAAGGAACUCGUUGAGAUGUUUGAGAUCCGUGCGUAUGUUGAUCGGGAGAUUGAAGUGAUGCGUAAGCUCCGAAAUCGUUUUGUUGUGCGAUUGUUGGAUUCGGUGGAGUCACCCACCGCCUACAACCUCAUCAUGGAGUUAGCUCCCAAUGGAGAGCUUUUUGAUAAAAUUGUGAAUGCCGACCGUUUCGAUGAAGCCACGGCUCGGCUAUACUUUCAGCAGCUUAUUUGUGCGGUGCACUAUUGCCACGGACUCAAUAUUGUGCACCGUGAUCUGAAAGCAGAAAACCUUUUAUUGGGAAAAGACAAUGAGCUAAAAAUAUGUGACUGGGGUCUCUCACGGUACACACGCGAGGCGCCAAUGAGAGGUGACCGUCGAAUUCGGUUUCAUUCUCUUGCGGGGAGUAUUGACUACCAAGCGCCUGAAGUGCUUAGUGGGCGAGGUUACGAGGGAAGUGCAUGUGACAUUUGGAGUUGCGGGGCCAUUCUGUUCUUUAUGCUCUGUGGUUAUCUUCCCUUCACUGACACAAGUGAUGCAUUGACGAAACGGCGUAUUCUCAAUUGUGAGUACAAUCGCACGAACCGGUAUCUUUCCUCCGGUGCCAGUGAUCUCAUAUCCCAUCUGUUGGAGGUGGAUCCGGUGACACGAUAUAACACCACAGAUGUUAUAAAUCACCCGUGGUUUCAAACGGAUCUUGACCCAACCCUCUUUCCCGAUGUGCCGCGUUCCCCCCAUUCCGCAACAACUGCUGCGGAAGCUUCCAUUACUAGUUUUGCAAAGCAGGAUGUAUCGCUUUCUGUGAGUCGUGAUGAUGUCACAACUGCGGCGUCUAGUGUCGACUUACAGGCGAUCCGUCGCGCUUUUGCCACAUGUAAUGUAAAUGGGACGGGGUUUUUAGAUGCAGAGGAGGUACGUGAUGCACUGAUUAAGUUGAAUGGUAACAACCAUAUUUCUGCUGAGGAGGUGACUGCCUUCAUGUCGAACUUCACUUUAGAUGCCGCUGGCCGCAUAUCCGAGGAGGAGUUUGUUGCAGGUUGGACGAGGAAUGAAGAGUUGGGGAAGAAAUAUGACGUUAAUCACAUGGCUGGUCUUUUCCACUAUGAUUUAGAAGCGGAAUACUUGGCGGAGGUGCGCCGGGCCUUCGACUCCAUUGAUGUGAAUCAUACCGGUUUAAUAACGACGGAAAGCCUUAAAAAACUUUCGCUCAACUGCACAGAUGAAGAGAUAAAAGACUUCUUUAAUGUUGUCGAUCCGGAGAAGGUGGGAAAUGGGAUGCUGAGCUUUGAGCAAUUUGUUCAUCUUUGCUCAAGACACGACCUUUUCAAGAACCACCCCAUCGUGCAGCGACUGCGGCGUUUGGAGAAAAUAUUUGUUAUUACAGAUAUUCGCUGGAUGCAAAGUUACACCGGUACGGGAUUUACUGUGGCUGGGACUCGGGAGAAUGUUGCAUUACACAUUAAGUCCCACAAGGCCCUUUCCACAAAGUUUGAAGGAAAGGAUCAGGGCUUCAUGUACGGAACAUAUACGGUGAAUGACAAUGUUGUGUUGCGAGUUGGCCUCCACUUAAUUUCUACAUUACCGGGUUACACUCGUGUGUCGCCGUAUCGCAUUGUUGGAAAGACAAAAGACUUUCACGCAUGGAUUUUGCAAUUACGGAAGGUACUGCGCCAUGAAAUAUUACGGUGUGAGGAGGAUACAUUGAUAAAGGGGAAACCGGAACUGAUGUAG